AUGACCAGGGGCUGCAUCCAAGGAUCUGCUUGCGGCCCAGUGCUCUGGAAUAUUAUUCUGGACGAACUUCUUGAUAUUGGGCUUCCAGUGGGUUGCCACAUACAGGCCUUCGCAGAUGACGUGCUGUUGGUGGCCACGGCCGGGAGCGUUAGCGAACUUGAAACAAUCACCAACUCAUCGCUUUCGCGAAUCGUCGAUUGGGGUAGCAGCGUGAAGCUCAGCUUCGGACCUGCAAAAACCCGGAUGAUCGCCUUUACUCCCAAGGCUAAGACUGCCGUCAUCACCAUGUCAGGACAGAGAUUAGCUUUCUCGCCAGACCUAAAGUAUCUGGGGGUAGUGCUUGAUGAGAAACUCCUCUUCGGCCGUCAUGUAAGAUAUGUCAUUGACAAGGCGCGGCGAAUAUUUAAUGCCCUCUGCAUGUUCUCGAGACCUACAUGGGGGGCUCAUCCUGAGAACAUCAGCACCAUUUACCGUCAGGUGAUCGAGCCAACGGUCACAUACGCGGCCGGGAUCUGGGGACACGUCACACACAAGAGGUGUAUUAGGAGGAGCCUCGAGAGCUUGCAGCGAGGAUUCGCGAUAAAGGCAAUUAGAGGGUUUCGCACUAUCUCAACGACUGCUGCAGUGGCACUCGCCCAAUUCACGCCCCUAGAUCUAAAGGUUAGGCAAGUACACAUUGUCGAAAGGGCCAGGCUGUCGGGCACAUGUGAUUACGUCCCUGACGAUAUACCCCUUGAAAGACCCACUCCCAUACACAGGUUAUUACACCCCGCGGAGAGAAUCAACAUUGAUCCUAAACUGCUCCCAACGCAAGAUCUAGUGGAUGCCCAAAUAUACACAGACGGUAGCAAGCAGAAUGAUGGUGCCGUUGGCGCAGCCUUCGUCUGCUACGACAACUCUAACACACAUCCAAAAACUACCAAAAAAUUUAGGCUACAUAAUACGUGCACAGUCUUUCAGGCUGAGCUUUUUGCCAUCCAUCAGGCAUGCCUGUGGGCAGAUACGAAACAGUACACAAGAACAGUUAUCGCUACAGACUCUCUCUCAUCUAUCCGCGCUCUACAAAAUCGGAGUAACACACACCCUAUCAUCACGAACAUUCACCACACAAUCCACAGAAUACAGCAAUCAUCACGCAUCAUAGACAUAGUGUGGGUCAAGGCACACACAGGUAUUUUGGGAAACGAGGCGGCAGAUACAGCUGCCAACUCUGCCACUAAAUUACACAAAAAACCCGACUAUUUCGCAAUCCCACUCUCAUACAUAAAACAUAAAAUUAAAACAGACAAUCAAUCUAUCUGGCAAGCACGGUACGAAAGUGCCGAACAGGGAAAACACACGAGGAAUAUACUUCCUACUCUAGACCACAUAAAAUCACUUAAAGCAACCUCACCUACC